CCUCGGAAGAGAAUGACUCCAAAGGUGCAGCCUCGACGACGUUAAUGGUGAGUUUGUUAUCGGGGUGUACAAAUUUUCAACACACCAAACCACUUCUUGGAAGCGUUUCCCGACUCAACAACCUCGAUCAAACCAGGACGCAGAGCCUCGAUGGAGGGAACAUGGUUUCCCAGGAUAUCCAUGCCACCUGCAUGUUGCAGCAGCAACGUUCACCUGGACAAGUGCAUCUGUGGAAGUGAAGAUAAGUAGCCUUCGCAAUAUUCCGGCUUCAAUUUUGAGUAAAUGGAAGCAGUACUUACAGCGGACUUAUAGGAUCGGAUAACAUUUGUCAGCAACAGCAUGGAAUAGAAACAAUUCCGAACCUUUGAGUGGCACCAACACCAUGUGCUGAGGCCUAGGCCUAUCUAACGACAAGCCUGGUGUACUAGUAGGAACCGAGUAAGGGGUCAAGGAAUGCAACGGCCAGCACCCGGCACGGUUAUGAUGUUGGACUGCAUUACUGAUGACGAUGUGGGGCGAAAGCUCCGCGUUGCAGGACGGAUGCUCAUGUACGACCCUUCCACCGCACUUGUACUCCUCUCACUUUCCUCCUAUGGACUUCUGGUAGACGUUUCUCUUGUAAUCGAUCCGGAUGCGGUGCUUUCUACAGUAAAAUGGGGCGGAACACUCGAUCCAAAUGUGAACUACAACUGGAUACACGAACGUCAAGCAUGGGUGUGGGUUAUGGGAUGGUUGGAGAGGUCCGAGGAGGACCUCCCAAUACCGGAACUCCCACCCUACACAUCACCACCAGACGUUGACCCGUCGAUUGUUCUUAAAGCGCUGAACGUCACUCCUGCGCGAGAUCUGGACGUUGUCGGCCUACGUUCGGCGCUUGCGGCGAUGGGAGAGUUACUACCUACGACGUAUCCAGUAUGAUAGACGUCGAGUCAUGUCGCCGAUGUCGCGAUCUAUAUCAAGCUGACGAUCUUUGGGCUGCGCAUCUUGCAGAGGUUGCUGGUCGUCGAGGGUCAUUGGCAGGAGACCAAUCGCAUCGUAAGGCUUGACGAGGAGGCGCCUGCGUCAAUUCACGGAGAAGAUGACGAGUAGAAAUGUAUAUAUUACGUGCUGUUUAAAUUGUUGACUUGGAUAUAUACUCGUACUGAGCAGCAAUCGACGACGUUCGGCGCGUUCGUCAAUCCUCUCAGAAAAUAAUACCCUAUUAUCAACUGAUA